AUGUCAAAACAAAAUUACCAAGUUGUUCGUUACAAAUAUGAAAAAAUAGUUUUUGAAGCCUUAUUUAAACCUGGUUGUGCACUCAAAGUUCGUGAAGGUAAAUUAGGAAUUUCUAAUGCAACAUUUGCAGAUGAGGUUUUUGUUGCCCCACAUAAUAAAGGAAAUAUUGCCAAACCAGCUGAACUUUCAAAAGCAUUUCCUGGUAAAAGUGGUGAUGAAAUAUUGAAAAUCAUAGCUGAAAAAGGUGAAAUUCAAUUUUCUAGUGAUGAAAGAAAACAACAAGUAGAAGAUAAAAAGAAAAGAAUUGUAGAAUAUAUUCAUAAUUAUUAUGUUGACCCAGCUACCAAUAAACCACAUCCAAUUGUUAGAAUUAAUAAUGCUUUAGAUGCUAUGAAACUUGUUAUUGAUCCUGAAGCUCCAAUGGAAAAAGAAAUUAAAGAAGUAGAAAAGAAAUUAAAUGAUAUUCUCCCCUCUAAACGAUUAGAAGUAGAAGCUAUAGUUACAGUUCCAAAUGACUUUUGUAAACUUGCUGAUGGUGCUAUGAAGAAAUAUGGAAGAAUUACAUCAUCUUCAGCUAAUGGAAAUUCAAAGGUUUACAAAGUUUCAAUUAUACCAGGUGAUUUCGAUUCUUUAAAUAAAGACUUAGCAAAAGCAACUAGAGGAAAUUAUCAAAUUGACUUACCAAAUGGUCAAACCGUUCAAAAGGAUGCUUCUAAGAAAAAAGGAAAGAAAGGAAAAUAA